ACUUUUUCAAGGUCCUCUGAUAUAUCAGAGCUGAUCUACGGGAAGAACAGUGCCUGCUUCUUGGAGAAAGCAUUAAACUAUUUUAAAGAAGAAGAUGAGGAAGAAGAAACAGAAGACGAUGAAGAGGAGGAGUGGGACACAGACCUUGAAAUAGAAAGCUCUACAAUAUGCUACGAUCCUGCCGGGAAAGCCAGAUACCUUGCGAUCUGUCAAGCAUAUGGCGUGGUUCCUAUCUCUUACUUUUUACGGCAUAUGAAAGAUUCUGAACUGAUUCUGAACCAUCGUGGUCUUAAUCCUAAGGCAGCCAAGGCUCUCGCUCUUUCCCUGACCAGCAACACAUCCAUCCUGAAGCUGAACCUGAGUGACAACGGCCUUGAUGCAAACGGAGCCAUUGUGAUAGCGGAGAUGUUAAAGGAAAAUUGCUACAUUUCAGAACUUGAUUUAUCCGACAACAGAGUCGGGAUGAAAGGGGCGGAAGCUCUCUCCACAAUGCUUCGAGAAAAUCCAGUUCUUGUGACCAUGAAACUUUCAGGAAAUGAAUUAAAUGACAGGGCAGCCAAACAUCUGGCAGAUGCUUUAGUGACCAAUCAGAAAGUGAAGCACCUUGAUCUGAGUCAUAACAUGCUUGGAGAGCCAGCAGGGUAAUAAUCGCAUUGCCUUGGAAGGCGCCCUCGCGCUGGCUUUGGGCCUGAAAGGAAACAAGAACCUGAGGAGACUCAAGAUGUCCAGGAACCCGAUCCAGAACGAAGGCUGCCUUGGGAUCCUCAAAGCAAUCCGCACGAAUCCUGGAGCUGCAAUGGAACUUCUGGAUUUUUCAGCAAUUGUGGUGAAGCAGGACUUUGUCCGGGCAUGUGAGGCUGUCCAAGAACUUUUCCCCAGCCUUCUGAUCCACCAUGAUGGAACCUCUCGCUUGUUCAGAAGAAAACUUCCAAAGGUUUCCUAAAGAGAUUCCUGGUGGCCCUGGAAGAUCAGCCUUUUCUUGUUGAUGUCCUGGAUGGGAGGACCCCGUGAAUCAUCUGGUGAUGCUUGAUAGAGGUCCAGGCCUUCUGAUCCCCUCCCCACUUCCGUGCUUCUCUUUGGGCUGGAGCCAGCAUGUUGUGUGACAUGCCACCUUUUCAUAUGCUGAAUGUUGGCUGCAGGGAUCUCCUUGCAAGGAUUUGGAUACCCUGCUCAUAGCAACACAAAGGGAUCCAUUGGCACAUGAUGCCACAAGCGUUCCUAGCAAUUUUCCCUUUGAGGCAAAACCCUCCAGUGAUCUGAUGAGGCAGGUUGUCCGAGCGGACCUCAGUGGAGGCUAAGAGGAAGCCGAUAAAAAUCUGGGAAGAAACUUUGGAUGCAUUUAUUCCCUCUCAUUCCACAGAGUUUGGGAACUGCUCCUCUAUCAAAACUCUGUCCCGGUACUUUUAGCCAAAUUAUCCUGUGUGCCAUCCUCAAUAUCAACCUUUCCUCUUGUGUAACCUGCACAGCUUCCCCUGAAAACAUUUCCAGUGGCCAGGAAUGUCCAGCAGACUUCCUGGCUGGACAUUGUCCCAGAGGAAGUCCCCACCUCCACUGCAGGCAGACCAGUUCUAAUGGCCAGACAUGGUGAAGGUUGAACUCUCCCCUGCUGAAGGCCAUCUAUAAACACACACACACCAUGGUAAGGGAUAUUCACACAGCUGUAGUGAAAUUCGGGGUGGAUUGGCUGAGGGGGUCCAAGGCCACAACUUUCCGGGUGCAUGUGGUCAGCUCCAAGCCAUAUUGAAGGUUGGGGUCGAGAGAAAGCUGAAGGAAGAAGGCAACAAGAGUUGGGGAAAGAAGGGUACCCCCACUCCCAAAAAAUGUGUGGGUCAAGCAGUGGAUUAUGUCCAUGAUGUUUGCUCGAUAUGGGGCCAUUUGUAGUAAAUAAUGUAUCUCACUCCAGUUCUCUUUUUAUUUUUUUUUAUUUUUGUAAACUUCAGUUUUGCCAAUCUUGUCAGAGAAAUAUUGUAUUGUUGCUAAGUUUGAUGUAUUCUACCCAGAAUCACUUUGUGCGAGAUGGGCAGCCAUAUACAUUUAAUAAAUAAAUAAAUCUAAAUCUAUACACCCCUAAAACUCUCCUGCCUAUAACCUUUAGUUGGGUGAAAAGGUACAUCAUAGGCCAAAACCUUUUUCAGCCAGUUGUACCUCAGAUGGGCUAACUUACAGAAUGUGUCUCCAAAGUCUGGGACAUACAGCUCUUGUAGAGCUGAAAUUUGGCAAAUUUCAUACAAUAUUUUAUGACAUAAAAUUAGCAUUUUAUGUAGGAAUAGAAAAUGUUAUAAAACAUUUCUUGUAGUAAAUGUUUGACUGUACUAUACAAUUCAACACUGGCUACUUACAGGGCUGAUACAUCCUGAAUUUUAAAGAAAUUUUCAAGUACAUUCUUAAAGAUACUGAGGAAUCUGGCAAGGAAAUAUUUCUAAAACUAUGACCCAACAGGGCACAGGUGGUCUAGUAAAUAAAUAAAAUCCACUGGGUAAAUUAGCAUAAGGGUCUUUAUUAAUCUUUCCUCUCUGGCCCAUUUUUUCCUAUUGAAGCAUAUAUUCUCUCUGUGCUAUGAAUCUGCUCCAGAAGAGACAUGCCUCAAAAAGCAGGUUAAAAAAAAAGGCAAGAAACCUAGCAAUUCUUUAAAGAUGACAGACUUUAAAGUACCUACAUGUAUCUUUGUUUUGAUGCAGAAGUUAAGAAAAGCUACUGGGUUUUGGUUCAAAACCAGCCUUAAAUGCAUCACAUAGUUAGAUAUCCCUAACUAGAAAGAUUGGAAUCAGGAAGCGACUUCAAUUUGCCAUUGCUAUGAUAGAAGUUCACACACCAGUUUAAAAGAAUUAGCAAAAUCUUUGGGUUUUGCUCCCCUUGAGAAUCAAGUAACCAGAGCUGUACGCUAUAUUGUCAUUAACUAACUGAUUAGGCCAUUUAACCAGCUAGUCCCUACAGUUUUGUUUUUUUUAACAAAUUCCUGGAGUUUGAAGGCUGGAGAAGCGCAUAGGAGAAAAGUGUUUGAUGCUCAGUGUGCUACAGUCCUUUGAAUGCCACCUGGUGGAUGUGAGAGCUCUGCAAGAAAAACUUAUGGAUUUUAUUAGAAACCGCUGUUUUAUAGAAUGACAUGAUUUUUUUAAAAA